AUGGCAAACGCCUUUGGUGUUAUCGGGGAGCAGAUCAGGCAGUUUCUUAUCCGCCGGGUCGCAGCGCUCGGCGGGCCGUUGCAGAGCCGUUGCACGGCCGCUGGCUCAUCACCCACCCAGAUCAGCGGCAGCCUGUUGAGAAAUGAUGGCACUCCGUCACCCGGGAACAUGCGCAAGUACCUUGAGCGGCUCGAGAGGAAGCAAUACGCCAACGGGCUGUCCCGGGGCCACGGCAAGGACGGCUGCCUGGCCACCGAGCUCACCCCGCUGAGCGUUGCCCACAAGGACCUCCAGCUGCUGAGGAGGGGAAAAGCUUGA